UUGUUAAGAAUUUAAUAUUUGAAUAUUCAAUUCGAAUACCACGUGUUGAAAUUUUAGGAAUUUAUUCAUUCAUAGCAAGAUAAUAUGAACCACACCAUUCCAACCGAUAAUGUCAAGUAUUCAGAAUCGAAUUUUUGGGAAAAAAGAUAUUCUGAUGAGAACCAAGCAACGAAUGAAUGGCUUGGAGAUUAUUCAUUAUUCUGUGAUUAUUUCAGAGAAAAUGUCAACAAAUCUUUAUCGAUUCUGAUUUUAGGAUGUGGUAAUAGUUUGCUAUCAGAACAAUUAUUCGAAGAUGGAUAUAAAAAUAUUCAUAAUAUUGAUAUUUCAUCGACUGUGAUUAAAACGAUGAGUGAACAUUGUGAGAAAUGUAAACGAAUGAAAUGGUCAACAAUGGAUUGUCGACGUCUUGAAUUCCCAGAUGAAACAUUCGAUGUCAUUGUUGAAAAAGCUACGUUAGAUGUAUUUUUAGUGAGUGAAAAAUCACCAUGGAAUUUAUCGGAUGAAGCGUUGCAAACGCUUCGACCGAUUGGACAAGAAAUUCAUCGAGUUUUACGAAAAAAUUCAGGUCAAUUUUUUUCCAUUACAUUUUCGGCACCACAUUUUCGACAUCCAUUGUUGGAAAAAAUGUUCGAUAGCAAUUUAAGAAUUAAAAAUAUCAAAAAUUUAGAUUCAACAACAGCUUCGUCAUCCAUCAAAUCCUGUUGUAUUUUUUGACAUUAUGAUCGGUAACACUGAAGUUGGCCGUAUGAAAAUGGAACUUUUUGCCGAUGUUGUGCCUAAA